AUGUCUGAGACCUUCCAAGAGCUUGCUGAUAUCCCCAAGGACUUUGUCCGUGAGGGCACUCAAUUCGUCCGCCGCUGCACUAAGCCCGAUAAGCGCGAGUUUAUCAAGAUUAGCCAGGCUGUUGGUAUGGGAUUCCUGGUUAUGGGAGCCAUUGGCUAUUUCGUUAAGCUGAUUCAUAUCCCUGUCAACCAAGUGCUGGUCGGUGGCGCAUAA